UCUACCCCACAGCAAUGGACCUCUCAUAUUCUGCCCUUUACAGACUUGCCUGGGCUACGCUUUCUUGUGGCUAGUGAUCUGCUCCAGGUCUCGGAUACGUCUUCCGAUCUGCUGAUCGUCGUCGGCUGCGAUGAAGCACCUGAUUGGACCUCCUGCCGUCUGACCUGCUGUCAGGCUGGUCUCGAGCAUGUCUUUGACUCUAGACCCACUUCAUAUGCUGCCAAUGACCUCUUUCACUUUCGUCAUCGGACUCACAAGUCAAAUGCGGAGUCUCGAAUUCUGCUUGAUCGAUCGCGUGAGAGAUCUCCUUUUGCUCUAACCGCUCGGGAAUGUGCUGGCCCUCAGCCCAUCCUACUCGAGGUUUUCGACAACCAUUGCCGUAUUGGCCAAUCUGAUUCAUCCUCAUCACUUCGCUCAGCAUUUGGACUUUCUCACACUUGGCACAUUCUCCCUGGUCUUCUGCCCGGUCUUGCUUCUUGUCAGCUGAGCCCUCACAGCUCCCAUAUCUCCACUUCCUGUAUCGUUUACCUCUUGCUUAUUGAGAUAGUUUCACCCCAAUCUGGACAUCCCACAUUCAUGCGUGCGUCCCAUCCAUCUCCAUCGCCCGGUCUUUCGCUUAUCGGCGGCAUUUUGGCUAAAGCGACUAAUUGUUGCUCUACGGAAGGCUUCCAAUCCAGAUUUUGUGAAUCCGCAAUGGAUUCUAAUCGGCCUCUUCUUCUUCGUCUGCCGGAAAGUGUGGUCUACGGUCCAAACUCUACUGGAUCAGCGGAUGCUGAGCCCUCCUUUCGACACGAGCUCAUUGGUGAGCCAAAUACUUGGUAUGCCUGUUUGGCUUGCCUUGUAGACGUGGUGAGGAAUGUCCACAUACCUGUUCCAUAA